UUCUAAAAACAACACAACAUUGUAGUGCACAUGGUUUCAUUUUUACAAGGCUGUGUGGGUUGCAGCUUUUUAGAUAAUAGAAUAUGAGGAGAUCUUCAAUGCUUCACACCAUUACUUUAAUGUACAAUACCAAAGAUCAGUGCUUUGUUGAGUGGCUUAGCACAGAAUCCAUAAAAUAGGGAUAAUAAAAUCACAAUACAGACAUGAACCUUCAGAUGUCCAGACAAUAUUGAAGUGCUCAACAAACAACAUUGGACUGGAUGCUGAAGAUAGCGGAGCUUUCUCUAAAGAAUCAAUAGUGCUGCACCAUCAUUCUCUACUGUAGCAUCAUCAUUUCACUUCCACUUUUGUUGUUACACUUAACAGAACUCAUGUGGGACUCGGGCUUCAGCACCAUCCAGCAAGUUACCUGAUAAUUCAUUAGAAUAGGGCCCUAGCUGUGCAGUUUCCCUCACUUGUUGCCAUUCAUUUAUUUUUUUGUUCCCUUUUCAUCUAUCGCUCCCUCUUAAUCUCCUUUUGUUUACAUUUUGCAUUGUGAGUCACUUUGUUUCUCAGUUAACUUUCUGUAACCAGUUUGCACCCAUUGGUGUCCCAAGUUCCCUCUUUGUCCUUUGCUCCAUUCAUCUUCAGGUUUCUUGUUCUCGUUUUGUAGUGCUCUACAGUAGGUACCCGCCUACAAUUAUUAUUCUCUCUCUCUCCCCUUUUAUCCCUACUCCCCUCCCCUUUCCUUUCACUUUCUCUCUCCCUCCCUCCCUCUUUCUCUCUCUUUCUCUCUCUCUGUCUGUCUCUCUCCCCCUCCCCCUCCUCUCCCUCUCUCUGUCUCUCCUUUUGAAAGAGCUUGCUUCAGCAGUCUGCCUGAAAUGAGCGACGCAUGCCCACACAUACAUUGGCUUCUACGGCCCCCGUCCACGCUAAUCACAGGGUCUCUCUGUGUGUGUGUGUGUGUGUGUGUGUGUGUGUGUGUUUUUGCAUCUGACGUGUGUAUGUGUGUGUUCCUGGCUGCAGCACAGCAGUGAGGAUAUGUAGCUUCCUGUGUGCUGCUAGGCAGCCCAAGCUCAUUCUGCCGCAUGCCGCUUACUGCCACCAUUACGCAGAGGAAUUCCCUGCUGUCUCCGCUACUGCUGCUCACAGAGUGCGAGUGUGGGUUAGAGAGAGGAGGAGAGGAGACAUGCAGCAAAGCAACACUGACAGAUAGAGGACAGAACUGGAUUUCACAUUGGAUUUUACCUGAAGAUGUGCAGUGUUUGUUUACGAGGAACCCAGUCCUUUUGUGGGAUUAAUUGCUGACCUUUGUGCUCCUGAAUUGCCCACGUAUGUAAGAGGGAACAGUGUAUUUAUGUGUGUGUGAGAGAGUGUGUGUGUGUGUGUGUGUGUGUGUGUGUGUGUGUGUGUGUGUGUGUGUGUGUGUGUGUGUGAGUGAGUGAUUGUGUUGGGGUGUGUGUGUGUGUGAUUGUUUGUUCCUGAUGCGGUCAGAGCGGGCUAGCCGUGUGUGUAUUGUGGUGCUGGAGGAGGUGGAGGAGGAUGAGCCCUCUUCUUCGCCCCCACCUCCCCGGCCCAAAUCAUCCCCAGACCGCAGAUCCCAUCAUGCCUCUCGAAGGGCUGCUGCUCAAGAGGACAAGCCGUCUCUGUUAAGAGCCAUCUUCAACGUGGACCCAGAUGAAGUCCGCUCCCUCAUAUUCAAGAAAGAGGAUGUCAACAUUCAGGACAACGAGAAGCGGACGCCUCUGCACGCAGCAGCCUAUCUGGGGGACGCUGAGAUCAUUGAGUUGCUCAUCCUCUCAGGAGCCAGAGUUAAUGCCAAAGACAACAAGUGGUUGACUCCUCUUCACCGAGCUGUUGCCUCAUGUAGUGAGGAUGCAGUGGCAGUGUUGCUGAAACACAGUGCAGAUGUUAACGCCCGGGACAAGAACUGGCAGACGCCACUCCAUGUUGCAGCAAGCAACAAGGCGGUACGCUGUGCUGAGGCUUUGGUCCCGCUGCUUAGCAAUGUCAAUGUGUCUGACCGAGCAGGACGCACUGCCCUGCACCACGCUGCCUUCAGUGGACAUGUAGAGAUGGUGAAGUUGCUGCUGUCCAGGGGAGCCAACAUUAAUGCAUUUGACAAGAAGGACAGGAGAGCCAUCCACUGGGGAGCCUACAUGGGUCACCUGGAGGUGGUGAAGUUAUUGGUGGCCAGCGGAGCAGAGGUCGACUGUAAGGACAAGAAAGCCUACACCCCACUCCAUGCAGCUGCUUCCAGUGGCAUGAGCAGCACAGUGCACUACCUGCUGGGCUUGGGGGUCCACGUCAACGAGGUGAAUGCUUAUGGCAACACUCCACUCCAUUUGGCCUGUUACAAUGGACAGGAUGUGGUGGUCAGUGAGCUCAUUGAGGCAGGGGCCAACGUCAACCAGGUGAAUGAGAGGGGUUUUUCUGCUCUCCACUUUGCCUCCUCCUCACGCCAGGGGGCGCUGUGUCAGGAGCUGCUGUUGGCCCACGGAGCUCACAUCAACAUGCGGAGUAAGGAUAGUAAGACUCCUCUCCACAUGGCAGCUACUCAUGGAAGGUUCUCCUGCUCGCAGGCCCUCAUUCAAAAUGGAGCUGAGAUCGAUUGUGAGGACAAGAGCAGAAACACUGCCCUUCACAUCGCUGCCCGCUGUGGCCAUGAGCUCAUCAUCACAGCACUCAUCAAACACGGAGCCAACACCGCCAAGAGAGGCAUUCAUGGGAUGUUCCCCCUACACCUGGCAGCUCUCAGCAGCUUCUCAGAUUGCUGCAGGAAGCUGCUGUCCUCAGGGUUUGACAUAGACACCCCUGAUGACUUUGGAAGGACCUGUCUACACGCUGCUGCAGCUGGAGGGAACCUGGAGUGUCUGAACCUGCUGUUAAACAUAGGAGCGGACUUUAACAGGAAAGACAACUUUGGAAGGACUCCACUUCACUAUGCAUCAGCCAACUGUAACUACCAGUGUGUGUUUGCUUUGGUGGGCUCCGGGGCAAGCAUCAAUGAGCUGGACCAGAGAGGCUGCAGCCCCCUGCACUAUGCUGCUGCAGCUGACACUGAUGGAAAGUGUGUGGAAUACCUGUUGAGGAAUGAUGCUGAUCCAGGAGUGAGAGACAGGCAGGGUUACAGUGCAGUGCACUAUGCCUCAGCCUACGGACGCACACUCUGCCUAGAACUGAUGGCAAGUGAAACACCUCUUGAUGUGUUAAUGGAAACAUCAGGAACGGACAUGUUGAGUGACUCAGAGAGCCAGGCUCCCGUCAGUCCACUUCACCUGGCGGCUUACCACGGACACUGUGGAGCUUUAGAGGUUCUCUUGUCGUCCCUGCUGGAAGUGGACGUUUGCAGCCCAGACGGCCGGACACCCCUCAGCCUGGCCUGCUCCAGGGGUCACCAAGAGUGUGUCUCUCUGCUGCUGCACCAUGGCUCCUCACCCAUGACCCGUGACUACACAAACAAAAAGACAGCCAUACAUGCUGCAGCUAUGAAUGGCCACCCAGAGUGCCUGCGCCUGCUCAUGAGCAACAACAACCAACACAUUAAUGUGGACGCACAAGACGCCAACGGACAGACUCCUCUGAUGUUAGCAGUGCUGAAUGGACACACAGAGUGUGUGUACUCUCUACUCAGUCAAGGAGCCAGUGUGGAGAAUCAGGAUCGCUGGGGGAGGACAGCACUACACAGAGGGGCGGUGACCGGCCCGGAGGAGUGUGUGGAGGCCCUUCUCCAGCGUGGGGCCAGCGUGUGUGUCAAAGACAUCCGGGGCCGCUCCCCUCUCCACCUGGCAUCUGCUUGCGGACGUGUGGGUGCUCUGGGUGCUCUGCUGCAGGCCACCGCCACCAGCUCACACACUCACACACACCUCACUGACAACCAGGGCUACACACCUCUGCACUGGGCCUGCUACAACGGAUAUGAUGCUUGUGUGGAAGUGUUGUUAGACCAGGAGGUGUUCAAGAAGAUUAAGGGCAACUCUUUCAGUCCACUGCACUGUGCUGUUAUGAACGAUAACGAGGGAGUAGCUGAGAUGUUAAUUGACUCCCUAGGCGCAACUAUCGUAAACACCACUGACUCUAAGGGCAGGACCCCUCUACACGCUGCAGCUUUUUCCGACCACGUGGAGUGUGUUUCCCUGCUGCUGAGCCACGGAGCUCAGGCAAACGUAGUCGACACCCACUUGCGCAGGACGCCGCUCAUGAUGGCAGCUCUCAACGGACAGACCAAUACUGUGGAGGUCUUGGUGAGCAGUGCUAAAGCAGACCUGGCACUACAGGAUACACACAGGAACACAGCAUUACAUCUGGCUUGCAGCAAGGGUCAUGAGACGAGUGCCUUGUUGAUCCUGGAGAAGAUCAGCGACAGGAACCUCAUCAACUGCACCAACGCUGCUCUCCAGACGCCCCUGCACGUAGCAGCCAGGAAGGGAUUGACAGUGGUGGUCCAAGAGCUGCUGGGGAAAGGAGCCAGUGUGUUAGCGGUGGAUGAGAAUGGUUACACUCCAGCUCUGUCCUGCGCUCCCAACCGUGAUGUGGCCGACUGCCUGGCGCUCAUCCUCAAUUCCAUGAUGCCCACCUCCCCUAUGGUCACCAUAACAGCUUUGCCUGCGCUUUCUCUUACGCAGACAGUCAUCAACCACCACCCCACUAACAACCACAUCUCCAAAGGCGUGGCCUUUGACGCCCCACCGCCUCUGAGGCCUGACCAUGCCUCCUACUGCAGGCCGGAGCGCCCGCUAUCCUCCAUCUCUGUGGACGAUGAACUGAAUGAUUCCGAUUCAGAGACAUACUGAGGACAUACCUGCUAUUGGACAGCCCUAAAAUACUGGCAGGCUAGCCAGCCACUCAGGAGCCUUAAUAGAUCACUGGCAAGGAACUAAAAGAGAGAAAAGAGGGAGAAAGUAGGGCCAGUUAUUUUUAGGUAAGCCUCUUCAAAUAAAAAAAUAACCCUUGUUGUAAACCAUAUGUUUGUUUCCUCAAGAUGCAAAACCUGUGUGGCGGAAAACAAUGUACUAAAAUAUACAAAAAGGUGAAUACGCACUACAUUUCUCUCAGACAGUAUCACUUUAUGGUCUGUAACAUGACCAGUGUCUUUUUAAAUUUAAAGUGAUGGUUUCUUCUUUUUAAAUUAAGCUCAUACUAUUUGAUGAUCAUUUCUCCAGUAGUUUUAAGCCUUUUCACAAUUUUCCCUUCAACUAUUACUAAAAGGGCAUCUACUGAAGACAAGCUCAGAGGACUGCUUUUUUUUAGCACAAUUGUCAAAAGGAAAAUCAGAGGGACAAUCUUACGGGACCAGGUCAUUUAUUACUGUUUUCCCUACUGUACUUUUGAGUUUUUAUUCAGAGUUCUUCUUCGGGCUACCAGGGGAGACAUUGAUGGCUGUCACAUUGAUAAUGCUGCGUAAAUUGUUCUUAAAACCACUUUUCAAUUCCGAAGAGAGGAAAUGAUUAUUGAAUCCUAUAAAUUUACUCCAAGUGGAAUCCCUGGAAGCUUAUUCUGACAGCAGGUGGAUGUAAGACCCAUUUACUGUACGAUUGGUCCAGGAGACAGAUCGGAAAGAGCGGCCUGAGGAACUUUUAACUUGCAAUGCUGUAACUACUCAAUGUCGGUGUACUGUACUGGAGAUGGGGGGGGAGUGGGCUCACACUGUGUAUACGUGUGUGUGUGUGUGUGUGUGUGUGUGUGUGUGUGUGUGUGUGUGUGUGUGUGUGUGUGUGUGUGUGUGUGUGUGUGUGUGUGUGUGUGUGUGUGUGUGUAAGAGAGAUGUGUGUGUUUGGAAGAGUGAGAGAGAGAGGGAGAGAAAUUAAUUAAUAUUGCCUUUUAAGGAACAGGCUACUUUCAGGCAGAGGUUGAACACUACUUGGUGCAAUGUUUGUAAAGAUUAAGUAAUGGAUGAAUAAAGAUAUUUGUUUUUGA